AAAGCUCUAGAAUGGCAGACAGUCAAAGCGAAGCUAACGAACCACUCUUGGGCCGAACAAGGGCAGGAUCCACCCUUCCUAAUUUGCAAGAUGUAAAGAAUUGGAAGGCUAUUGGUUCAUCUGGUUUACAAGGAGGAAAAGUCUACAUUACGCUGGCAAUCGUAAUUUUGGCGAUUGUGUUCUCAAUGAUGACUGUGAAUUGGACAAAGAUGAUUUAUAAUGAAGAGGAAUCGAAGUCUAUGCUUUUUGGAGUAUUACUCUGCAGUAUUACCAUAGGGAUUAUAAGCAUUAGCUUUGUUUUAUUGUCUGUACUUCGUGGUGAGAGCCACGGGAAUAGGUCAAGGCAAGCAGACUCCUUUUCAGAAAAAGUUAAAAAUAAAGCAGGUGUUGGUUUUGGACUCCUAAAUUUUGUACACUGUGCAUUUUUUAUUAACAAGCAUGCUCAUGGAAAUGAUGAAUGCACUGACAAAGGGCUUGGUAUUGCUUAUAAUGUAAUGUCAAUAAUAUACACAGUCCUCCUUAUCUGGGGUUUAUUUGCCUUUAGGUUAUCAAAAUCAACAACUAUUCAUCACUUUUCCUCUAUAGGCAUUCUGUUUGCCAAUUUCAGUUUUUGGUUAGACACAAUUUUUUCAGAGUCUGGAGAUAUCUUUCAUUACGAAAAUAACCAAGAAACAACAAACGUAACCUCUCCUACACCACUUUGCAAUUACAGUGAAACAGCCACCAGUCUUAUUAAAGAUAUUGACCCUCUACUUGCUCCUUGCUCUGUAGAGUUUGCAAUCAUUUCCAUAGACCUUCUUUUUUCCACCCAUGAAGAAACCGAAUUAGAUUCUGUUAAUACUACCAGUCAUGAUGCACAGCGGAACAUAGAGACUGGGGGUCUGAUUGAUGAUAAUCAAAGACGAAAAGAAUUUACAGAAAAAGCCCCAAUCCUUUUCUUUGUAAUACUGUCAUCAUCUUUGGUUAUAAUAGCCAUUGUUAGUUACAUAGUAACAGUAAAAGACGACAGUAAAGGGCACGACUUUUUUGAAAUCUAUAUGUGUCUUUCAGCUUUGCUUAAAUUUGCGAUGUUUUGCUGCAUAACAGCGUGUCUCAUAAUGUCUUGGAGUUCUUUUGAUUUCGAGUUUACCUUGGAAGGGCUUAUUUUAAUGUUAAGUUGUUUUAUGAAUGUUGUGUACCACAUGUUCUACUUAUUUGCAAUAUGGAAAGGUUCUAAAAUGGAAAAGGAUGACACUUUAGUAACAUUUCUUGGAAUUUCUUAUUUUGAAAAUAUAUUGAGUAUUUUUCUUGCUGGUGAACAAACUGUUUUCAUUUUGGCAAUAGAAAAUAGCAAGAAAAUGAAUGAAAAUAAGUACAAAUCUAAAAUUUAUUUCCUUUGUGUACUUUUAAGUUUAAGCAAUUUUGGUAUUUGGGGUGGUGACUCCUUUGGUGAGGCGAAAUUGCCUGCACUCAGUUUUAUUGUAGAGAAAUACUAUAGUCAAACGUUUUGGAUAAUCUGCACGAAACUAAUACUGCCCUUUACGAUUUUUUUUCGAAUUCAUUCAGCUCUGAUGUUUCUAAAAAUGUAUGGAAAAAGGAAAACUAAUAACCAAACAAAUCCUUCUUUAAAUACUAUCCCCAAAAUUGCAAGUUCAGAUUGAUAUAGAAACAUAUAAAAGCUAUAAAUGUUCAAUUCAUGUGCAUACAAUGUGUGGCUACGAUAGAAAAUGAUUUGCUAUGUUUUUCAAUUUUGUAAAGAAUUUAAAAUAUGGUGCAUGUACUUCUUAUCUCACUCAAAAAAUUACUUUUCAUUCCUUUCUUCUUUCAUGUCGAAAAAAAAUUAGAAAGAAACAAUCAUAUGUCAUCAUAAAGAGACGUUCCAUAAAAUGCAAUUAUUUGGGUAAAGAACCUUUCUAAAAGUUUUUGUUCUGUACCAAUUACAACUCCUCGUAAGGAAGUGCAUUUCAUGUUCAUUCUCUUAUCAUAACUUUUAAACUUUGCCUGUGCUAUCAAUACAAU